UAGAUUUUACAUUGUUCAACCAGAAGAAAGCAGAAUUUCACCCCCCCAAAAAAAAGAAGAAAUCAGAAGGAAUAUUCUUUUGUAUUAAUUGAUUUUAGUUUGUAUUAAUUAAAGAAAGAAAAAAGAAAUGGUUUUUCCAUGUUUAAUGUUGUUUCCUUCUUUUUGACUGUUAUAUAUUGUUCUAACAGUUCAGAAUGAGCUGGUUUAAGCUAUCAAAGCUCUAUUUAGAGGAAAUAGCUGAAAUGGGGAAGAGAGGCUUCGCCUUUGGAGCUCAGGUUUGGUGAAGAUCGAGGCCAUUUGGGAUCUGCAUUCUCUGUAACUAUUCCUCUAAACCCAUUUCUUAUUUUUUACUGUUUCAAUUUUUUAGUCACUCUUCUAGUUUGGCUCGUCUUCUUCGUCUUUCUGCAACUUAAAUUCUAUUCAACAUCCAAACCCUAAAAUGGGUUGUCGUUGAAAGGUUCAAUUUUAUCUAUCAUUCACCUGGUUUGGUUGUUCUUGCUCGUGGGUUUUUGUUUAUGCUCUGUAUCUUUUCUUUUUUGGCAAUAAUCAUUUCUUUAUUAGAAUCUAUCCUAUCCAAUCCACCCAUGGUAAUAUUUGGAAAGUUAAAAGGAGGGAAGUGUUUGGUUUGGAUUUAUUGAAUAAAACCCACACGGUUUCGAGCUUUACAACAGCAGCUACCUUUCCCCAUGAUGGUGGUUUCCCAGUGGUAGCUUGUAGAGACUUCAGCGUAGAAAAUAGCCUUCAACUCUUCUUUGGCUUUUAGUUGCUGCAUUAGGAGUGGAAUGCGGAGAGUUGAAGUGGUUAUCUGAGUUUUGGAGGUGGGGAUCUGGUUUUAUGUAGUUCAACUUGAAUGAGUUCUGUUGGUUUCUUGUUCUUAAGAUCUGGUCCAUCUGGGUUGUGAAGAUUUCUUAAGGUCAUACAGUUCUGUUCCGUGGGUGUGGAAGUAGUUUUGUCUUCUGUGAAUCUAAUCCUUCACAGGGGAAAUGGCUCCAACCUUGGAUUUUUCUGCUUGGUGGGUGAAGGAGACUCGGAAGGGAACUCCAGUUGUUGUAACCAUGGAGAAUCCCAACUAUUCUGUUCUGGAGAUUGAUGGUCCAGAUGCUGCAUUCCGGCCGGUUGACAAGGACCGUGGGAAGAACGCGAAGCAAUUUACAUGGGUUUUGCUUCUCAAAGCCCAUCGAGCAGCCGGCUGUGUUGCGUGGCUCGCAAAUGUCCUGUGGGCUUUGCUGGGGACUAUUAAGAAAAGGUUGAUCUUCGGGCAGGGAGUUGCCAUAGAAAGUGAGAAGUUGGAUAAGGGAAGGAUGCUGUUCAGAUUCAUUCGAGGCUUCUUAGCACUCUCCUUGGCAGUUCUGGCUUUUGAGGUAAUUGCGCACUUCAAUGGUUGGCAUUAUCUCCGGAACUCCAAUUUGCACAUCCCGCAGACUUCUGAGAUCCAGGGUUGGCUCCACAUAGUUUACGUUUCCUGGUUAGAAUUCCGAGCAGAGUACAUUGCUCCUCCAAUUCAAGCCCUCUCAAGCUUCUGUGUUAUUCUCUUCAUAAUCCAGUCUUUAGACCGGAUGGUACUGUGUCUUGGGUGCUUCUGGAUCAAAUACAAGAAAAUUAAGCCAAGGAUUGAAGGGGAUCYAUUCAAGUCAGAGGAUAUGGAGGGAUCCAGCUAUGACUACCCUAUGGUUCUUGUUCAGAUUCCAAUGUGUAAUGAGAGAGAGGUAUAUGAGCAGUCUAUCACUGCUGUCUGCCAACUUGAUUGGCCAAAAGAACGUUUACUGAUUCAAGUUCUUGACGAUUCUGAUGAUGAGAACAUCCGGUGGCUAAUCAAAGGGGAAGUCUCCAAGUGGAGCCAACGUGGUAUUAACAUUAUUUAUCGGCAUCGCUUGGUUAGAACAGGUUACAAAGCUGGGAACCUCAAGUCAGCAAUGAGCUGUGAUUAUGUGAAGGGGUACGAGUUUGUUGCAAUAUUUGAUGCAGAUUUUCAACCAAACCCAGAUUUCCUUAAGCAGACAGUUCCUCAUUUUAAGGAUAAUCCUGAACUUGGGCUGGUUCAGGCUCGGUGGGCAUUUGUUAACAAGGAUGAGAACUUGUUGACCCGCCUUCAAAAUAUUAAUCUGUGCUUUCACUUUGAGGUGGAGCAGCAGGUCAAUGGAGUAUUCUUAAACUUCUUUGGUUUUAAUGGGACAGCUGGAGUUUGGAGAAUCAAAACCCUGGAGGAGUCUGGAGGUUGGCUUGAAAGGACGACUGUAGAGGACAUGGACAUAGCUGUCCGUGCCCAUCUCAAUGGUUGGAAGUUUAUUUUCCUCAAUGAUGUGAAGGUCCUUUGUGAAGUUCCUGAGUCCUUCGAAGCUUACAGGAAGCAGCAACACAGAUGGCACUCAGGUCCAAUGCAUCUUUUCCGAUUGUGUCUUCCAGCUAUCAUAACUUCAAAGAUAUCAGCCUUGAAGAAAGCAAACUUGAUAUUUCUCUUCUUUCUAUUGAGGAAGCUGAUCCUCCCAUUCUAUUCUUUCACAUUGUUUUGCAUAAUUCUUCCCCUAACUAUGUUCGUACCUGAGGCUGAGCUACCUGUUUGGGUCAUCUGCUACAUUCCUGCCUUCAUGUCAUUCCUCAACAUUCUCCCAGCUCCAAAAUCAUUCCCCUUUAUUAUUCCUUACCUCCUCUUUGAGAAUACCAUGUCUGUGACCAAGUUCAAUGCCAUGAUAUCUGGAUUGUUCAAAUUGGGAAGCUCAUAUGAGUGGGUUGUCACCAAGAAGGCAGGUAGGGCAUCUGAGUCUGAUCUACUGGCUGCAGCAGAGCGGGAAUCAAAGUCCAUUAGCCUCCCACAGCUCCACAGAGGAGCUUCAGAAAGUGAGUUGUCUGAGCUGAAUAGAUUGAAAGAACAACAAGAAGCACCUCCUCCACUUCCCCGGAAGAAGAUAAAUAAGAUUUAUAGAAAAGAGCUUGCUCUAGCUUUCCUCUUGCUUACGGCUUCCAUCCGUAGCCUGUUAUCAGCACAAGGGAUCCACUUCUACUUCCUACUCUUUCAAGGGAUUACAUUUCUCCUUGUUGGUCUUGAUCUAAUUGGGGAACAAAUGAGCUAAUGAAAGACAAGGGCCAAAGAAGAAGGAAAAAAGAAAAGAAUAGCCGAUAAAGAGAAGAAAAAGAAAGAGAUCCCUCAAUCUGUUGCAGCCGGUCACAUCUGCAUUAUGGCAGGAAAUCAUCCAUGAUGGCAGUUCAGGGAGGAAGCUAUAGAUCCUCUUCCUUUGCAAAUGGCAGAUGAGGCUAAGGAAGAUCCUCCAUUUCGAAUAAUAAGCUACUUUUCCUUGUUUAUUAGUGUCUCACUGGCUAUUUUAGCCUUCACUCUCUCUAUCUCUCUCUCUCUUCCUCAGGGGUCCUUUGUCACAUAUAUAAGACAUUCAUCUUCAUCUUCUUUUUCUUUCUCCCUUUCGUUCAUUCUUUCUUUCUUUCUUCUUCUUUUUGAAAUUGAUGUUGUUAUAGGUAGGAGCAGCCUCUUUUUUCUAUUCUUGUUUGGGUGUGGUUUGGUAUUUCAGAUUCAGCUCAUCUUGUAUUUGAAGAAUCCAAAAGGUCAAGUGAGGAGAAUUAUUUGGUCAAUUCAAAACAUUAUACUGAGAGAUGUAUAACAAGUAUCUGUAUAUUGCAUUAAUUGAGUUUAUUAAAGUAAUAGAACCAAAAGAAAAAAGAAUGGUUCAUGGGUCGUACUGUUACUUUCUCUUC